CCUUCCUUGAGAGUUAAGAUGGCGGACCGGCGGCGACGGAGACGGCGCGCCUCUCAGGACAGCGAGGAGGAGGACGAGUCCGCCUCGGGCUCCGAGAGCGGGAGAUCUUUCUCGGCUAGCCGGAAGACCCGCGGAAGAGAACCAGAGCCGGUGGAAUCGCCAGCGGAGCGCGUCGCAGCCAAAAGCGACGAUGAGUCGGAGUGUGUGAGUGAAGAUGGCGUUGGUGAAGCAGUGUUAUCCGACUAUGACAGCGCUGAUCUGGAGGAGAAUGGAUCGCACACAGAGGGAGGAGAGGAUGAGGAGGAGGGAGAACAUUUCAGUGAAGAAGAGGCCUCACGUCCUGCUGCAGAAUCGAAGCCUGUUGCAGAUGCUCCAACAGAAGAGCUUGUUGAAGGAGAGGAGAGAGAUGAAAGUGUGAAAGAAGUUAAAGCAGAUGAGAAGGGCAAUCUAGCCGGCGAGCGACAGAGUGGAGACGGCCAGGAAAGCACAGAGGACCCAGAAAAUAAGGGCAGUAAAGGCCAGAAGCUGGACGAUGAUGAGGAUAGAAAAAAUCCAGCGUACAUCCCUCGAAAAGGCCUUUUCUUCGAGCAUGACGUGAGAGGCCAGGCAACUGAGGAGGAGAGGCCUAAAGGCAGAAACAGGAAGUUGUGGAAGGACGAAGGCCGAUGGGAACAUGACAAGUUCCGUGAAGAGGAGCAGGCACCAAAAUCGCGUGAUGAGCUUAUUGCUUUUUACGGUUAUGACAUCCGCAAUGGCACAGGGCCGAGUGACGGACGAUCAUAUCGCUCCCGAAAACCCAGACAUGCUGGUUCACCCAGUCGAGAGCCCAGGCGCUAUCGUGAAGGUGAUAAAUCUGUGCGUUCAUCUUGGCAGGGCCCUCCACCUGGCCACCGCAAUGCCCCUCAGUCUGUUACUGUACAGUCAGGUCAACCCCUUGCUCCUCUUUCAGCACCUAAACCAUCCGGCCGGCCCUUGACUCAGCCUCCCCAGCGCAGCUUCCAGGGCAGUCGAGCCCCAUCGGCUCCUCAUCGGACAGAAGGCAGAGGACCCCCGAAGCCCAGUUUAGAUGGAGCACCACCUCGGGGCCCACGGUCUCAGCCUGUGGAGGGUGAGAGGGGCCCGAGGCUAAGGGGCCGUGGCUCUCAUACAGUGCAUGCUGACCGUAGCCCAUCCUUGGUGGUGGAGGACAUCUGCAGUGAGGAGGAAGAGGAGGAGGGUGAGAUUCCUACAGCCACAACUACAUACACAGCUCACCACUACAAGAGUGAAAAAGAACGGGUUCCUUCACCACGCAAACAAGAUUCGGGCAUGGUGAUGGAGGGGGGCAACGCAGCAGGUCAGGUGCGAGAGUUAUCACCACCUCAAGAAAGGCAGGUGGAGAAGAAAUCUUACUCGCGUGCACGGAGGGCAACGCGGACUCGGCCGUCUGAUUUGAGUAAGCAGGCAUCUUUAGAUGACUCCUCGUCUACCGUCCAACAAGCCCCAGUGGUGGCAAAGAGUGAGUCUUGGCAGGAGCAGAGCGAGGCAGGAACACAAAGUGGAUUAACGGGACUCGACCAGGAUCUGGCUCGCCUCAGCCUGACGGGGCAGAACUGGGCCCAGAAUCCACCAUCUUACCUGCAGGCGGAAAUGAGAGGCAUCCGCGGCUCUAUGCACAUGGCAGGAGCACCUCCACAAUAUGGAAACAUGGAAGAUAUGGGUGUUGGCGGUGGCCGGGCUAAGCGGUAUUCAUCGCAGCGCCAGAGGCCUGUUCCUGAACCUGCACCCAUGCAUAUAGGAGUCAUGGAGGGCCAUUAUUAUGAACCCAUGACUUUCCAGGGACCAAUCUACACGCAUGGGGAGAGCCCAGCAGCCCUGCCCCCUCAAGGCAUGCUUGUCCAGCCUGAGAUGCAUCUGCCACACCCCACGCACCCGGGACACCCAGGUCUGCACCCGCACCAGUCAGGAGGUCCUUUGCCCAAUCCAGCUCUUUACGCUGCACCACCUGUUUCUCUGUCACCUGGUCAACCACCUCCACAGCAGCUGUUACCUCCACCCUUCUACCCCCCACCAGGAGUCAUGACAUUUGGGAACACCAACUACCCGUACCCCGCUGGAGCUACUCUACCACCAAUGUACCCCAACCCCCAGGCGCAGUCACAGGUUUAUGGUGGUGUGACGUACUACGACACGGUGCAGCAGCAGGCUCAGCCCAAACGCUCCCCUCCCCGACGUUCCUCUAAUCCUGUUACAGUCAGACCUCCUCCUCCUGAGGACCAGAGCAGAAAGGCCGCGGAGGAGAUCCGCUCGUAGCUGACAGGAGACUGGGAGGCCAUGUGUCAGGACCAGCACCUCUUUUGUACAAAUCCAUUCACAAUUUAGUUUGAAUAUUUUUUAAUAGUUAUUUUUGAUGUUUUUAGCUCGUCUAGGUUCACCGUCUUCAUCCAAAUAUUUUGAUCUCAGAUUGAUCCUAUUUGGUGCAUUUCCAUUAAUAACCAGCAAAGUGUUUUACCAUUAACAGCUGCUCAGCUAGAAGUAAAAUCUGCAGUCCUAAACGGCAAGAAUCUCUCAUUUUCGUUAACCAUUUCAUCUCUCUACGAGCAUAAUAAUUGAAACUGUAAGAGACUGCUGGACCUUUGAAUCCUUAGGUUUAGUUUUAAAUGACCCGUUGCAGCACUACGACAAACUUGAGCAUGUGAAAAGACGGACAGAAAAGAACAAACAGUCUUUGAAGGAAAAGACAGCCGUUGAACAUGUUAAUAACCUUCAAAUGCACAAAUUGAAGACUUUUUGGGUCAAAUUCUAGCACGUUAAGAUUGCUGUAUUUCUUUUUCUGACUGCUUAACCUGCCGUGAUGGUGCUUGUCCCGCUUUUAGCUGGGGCUGAACCCUCAAAACCUCCUCUUUCUCCGUCUGUCCCUUGUAUCUUUUGACAUUGUACUGUGUUAAAUUCAAUACUGUAAUACUAUCGAAGCGUUAACCUUGCCAGAUACUGACCUACUUGACAGUGUGACUUGCUUGAUUAGCUUUUUUUUGUUGUUAAGUGUACAUAUUAAAGUAUAUUGAAGCCAGUGGUUUAAUGAAAAAUACUAAAACUAGUCAUUUACGAAUUACUGUCAGUAUGAACAAAGUCUGCUAGGAAACCUGGCCUAGGCCUCUGUUUAAAUUUAAAUUUCUGAAGAUGAUUUGCAAUUAUUCCUUAUACAUUUUUAUAAAUAUAUAUAUAUAUAUAAAUAGUUAUGGUUGCAUUUGUUUUCUUUCAGGCACACUGUACAGGCAUGCAUGGUUUUCUAGAUAUAUUUCUUUGUGAAAGCAACUGUAGAUGGCGACUUUGGCUGUGAGCUGUUAUUCUUUGCCCCAUUGUGGGAGUGCUAUGGAUGCAUCUUUUUCAAUCGUUCCCUUUAUAAUUAUUUCAGAGGAAAAGAGAAGUCUAACAGUAUAAUUGAGAUAUUGUCGUCCCCAGCGUUGUUGAGACAUGGAUCAUAAAGACUAUUAGAAGAUGUUGUAUUACUUUCUAUGCCUUAAAAGAGUACAUUGGUUUGACAUAUCUGUUUUUGUUUGAUUAGACCUGACUACACUGUGAGGGCUUGUAUGUUUCAUAGAUGUUUGAAUAAUAUUAAAAGUGUUUCAUUUUUGUUUUGUGGAGCAAUGUCAGGAGAUGAAAUUAAACAACAACUGAAUAUAACA